AUGCCAGCUAGAACAGCAGCUGAGAAACUAGCACGAAAACAGGCUCUUGAAGAGAAACGCGAGGCUCGUCGCCUUGCCAAGGAGAAGAAGGAUAAAGAAAAGGCUGCACAGAGUGGCAACGACCACCAAAAAACAACGAAAGGACAGGAAAAACAAGGGUCUUCCAAUGAUGAACCAAAAGGAGAAUGCUACAUUUUUGGGCUUUCGGAUGAUACUCUCAGCCACAUAAUAUGUUUCCUUCCGUCUCGCUGCAUUGGGGCUCUUGCUCUAACAGGACGUCGAUUUAGUCAACUUUUGGUGGACGCCCGUGUUCAUUUCAUCAUGGAUCGAUUGAAUAGUCCAAGCACCAAGUCCAUCGGAUUCUACAAAUCCAUUGCCAUGUGUUUGAAUCAAAAUGAAGCGCGGUCAAUUUUGGAACAGUCCUAUGGCGGUGGUGACACACAACGAAUCCGAGCCAAGGGCAAGGCUGGCAAGAAUUUCACCAGUGAAUUCGUGUCGUAUGCUCGAUUCUUAGAAGAAGCUGUCAAUGGUUAUGCGACACAGAACUUUGGUGGGCGAGAUCCAGCUCGAUUGCCUCCUUUUGUGAAUGGGCGAUUUAUCUCUGUCUCGCCCGAACAUAGUUUGUGUCGUGUUGGUGGAGGAUCAACGUCAGGGGCAGGCGGCUCUGGUUGCGCUUCAUGGGGUGUUGGGAAAAGAGGUCAAUUGGGGCACGGGAAGCGAGAAGAUGAGCCAAACCCACGGAUGCUUCUAGGAGGCAUUGGAUACGGAAUUCGAAUCGUUCAAGUCAGUGCUGGAGGAGGUCUAGUUCGUGUGGCCCACUCUCUCCUCUUGACAUCUACUGGUAGAGUCAUGUCCUUUGGUACCGGCCAAUAUGGAGCACUUGGCCAUGGAUUCUCUGCCGGAAAACAGCUUCCAGAUGCGUUACGCCCAAGGUACAUUGAAGCAUUGGCGGGUAUUCGGUGUACCAGUGUUUCCGCUGGAGAGCUCCAUAGUGCAGCUACUACUGCGGAUGGUGAUGUAUAUACUUGGGGAGACGGAUUCUGUGGACAAUUGGGUCAUGGCGAUAAAUCACCACAGCCAGCUCCUGUUCAAGUGACGAAAGGAGGCCUUGAUGAUGAGGUUGUUUCCCAGGUGAGCUGCGGAGCUAGGCAUACAAUCGCAGUGACCGAGGAUGGAGACGUCUUCACAUGGGGUCUCGGACAUUUUGGUGUAUUGGGACGUUCCUACACACCGUUUGAUCACGAACCUAAUGGAGCGUUGGCGGCGCUUGGUGUAGAGGAAGAGGACUUGGAAGGCCAAGCCCGGGGCAAUGAUCAAGCUCCGGCUGCUGCUGCCGCUGCAGCAAACAACGAUAUACCCAAUGGAGGUCGGGUACAUGAUCCUCGAAGCUUUGAAAGUCUUAUGGAACACUUGGAAAUGAUCGCGAACUUGAAACUUGUGGAUACGUCUGAUCAAUGUAUUCCUAUGACAGUAGAUUCACUGGAAGGAAUUAAGAUUGUUGGUGCAAGCGCUGGGCACAGACAUUCGCUACUAUUGGAUGAUCAUGGUGGGAUGUAUUCGUGUGGUGCUGGCAUCACUGGAUGUCUUGGACUGGGAAACAACGAUUCUCAAAUGUAUCCAAUGAGAAUAAAGUAUUUCGAUGAACAAAACAUCAAGGUCGUACAAAUGAGUGCUGGUGUCGAUAUGAGUAUGGCUGUGAGCACGAAUGGAACUGUAUAUGCAUGGGGAAAGACUGACCAAGGGCGAAUUGGCCUUGGACUUAAGAGCCACCGCAUAACAAUGCCAAGACAAGUUCAAAUGAAAUCAGGAGACAAAGUUGUCAAGGCUGUUGACGUGGAGUGUGGAUACGUACAUUCCAUGAUCGUCGCUCUUGACGGAACAAUCUAUCAAUGCGGAAGUGUUGGCCUGGGUGGUCAAGCCGACGGAACGACUUCAUCUGGAGAGCCUACACAAGUUAGCGAUUUUAACAUUUGGCAUCGAGUACCAGAGCCAAAGGAGAGAAUCGUCAAGACCGGAGAGCGAUGGAAGAAGUAUGGCAAAUACGAAGUCAAAGGUCGACAAAAGAUGAUGACGGAAACAGAAUAA